UUAAAACACAUUUUAAAACCUAAGAGUCAGAAUGACUUGGCUCAAAGACCUGCAAAGGUUAAGUGCAGUUUAAAAUGUUGUAAAGUAAAAAGAUCUACCAUCUGUUUCCUCUCAUUCUCUUGCUCAAUGGUCCAUGCAUUUUCUGGACGGUUUCAUAACUAGUGUUUGUCACUGUUUAAGCAUGUAGCCUAACCCAAAAGCAUUCUGUUUUAUUCUGCUUUAGUCCACUGAUGAGGUCUUUUCUAAAUUACUUUUGAAUAUAGCUAUGAAUAUGUCAUUGUCAGUCAUGCAGAGUGAAUCAGGCUUACAGAGAUCUCGCCUUCUCAGAGUUUGGCAGGAAAACAGAAACCUGCAUGCAAAAAUGGCAACCGUACAUCCGGUUUGUGCGCGUGUGUGAGUUUUUUUUUAAACAAUGGCAUUGUCAUGCUAGAUGUUGCAUGAAGACCUUAGACAGUGUUGCUGUAUCAACUUGAGCACAUGAAAUUAUGAUCCAUCUGUGCGUAUUCUUGGGUCUUUUUACCAAAUUAGCAAAUGCAGAAGAUGCAGAAUUCAACGUUACUCUCGGAGUGAUGACUCUCAGUGACCGGAUGGAUCUGACAUGCUGUCCUCGGGACCAGGCUAUGUGCUUGUUCUAUGCUGAUUCAGCAGUGAUUGGCAAGCAGAAUUCCUCUGACAACUGCUGUAAACUUACUGUCAGCGGAGAGCAACUGUUACUGGGAAAGACUGGAACGGAGCUCCGAACAACAGUCACCGUCCGCUGUGACAAAAUCAAGCAAAAUGUCACCGUUACAGUGUGGAGGCUAUCUGUUUCUGGUAAAUAUACUCUUAUAUUUCUGGUUAUCCUGGGGACACUGAUUCUGCUCUGUUUGCUCAUCUCCAUCAGCGUAUGUAUUAUCUAUGCGACCAAAAAAAAGGGGUAUAAACAAAAGUUUCAUUCAGCUAGAAAUCAAGUAAUGGACAAUGACAACCAAGAUGCUAAUUCUGGUACUGCUGAAGUGCAGGAAGGGAAAACAGAGAUAGUAGAGGAUGAGCUAUUAUAUGCCACAGUGAAUUAUUUAGGUGCUGGUGAAAACUCUGCUCCUUCGGUGAAGUUUGAAUCGGGAACCGAUUACGCCACAGUGGUCCUACGCUGAACCCGUAGCAAUGAAUGGAUUUUUGCUUCCUCUGGGAUUUAAGCCACCGAUAUAUGUGCCUUUUAAGCAAACCUCUUAUGUUUCUCAUGUCUUGGUUUUAGAUAUAUAUAAUAUAUUCACCUGAAACAUUUGAUUAAUACAAAUCAGGAAGCGGUUAAAUUAGUUUAGGCCCAGUGGAAUUGACAUUAGGUUUAUUAUAUUGGCACUCUUUCCAGCAACCAGGGAAGUCUUGACACGACUUGAGGCCUACAGUUAACUUCAAACUGUUACUCUUCUAUGUAUUUUUUUCUAAGAUUACAGAUUCAUUCUGUAGGCUAGGUUAGGCUAGGUUAGCACAAGACGAUUAGCUUGUUUGCUAAAUAAAUUUGUUUUCAAAUA